CUCUCCGUUGAGAUGAUACUGGUGAGAGGAUUAUGAGAUUUGACGCUCACUUGUAUGGCGCACCCCGGGCCCAGUGGAAGAACUUUCGCUCGAUAGGCCGAAAUACAAAUAAAAUAUUAAGUUAUGCACGUUUUAAAACGUUGCAUUUCUGUAGGCCAAAUAGUCUUUGAGCUGGCCUACUUUUGUGCCGAGGAGGCGACGCCAUAGAGGAGAAUUGAAGUAAGCCUCGUCCUCCUUCUCCUCCUAGCAUGAUCUUCGGGACGUUGGGGCCGACACGUUCAGAGCUUUGUCGUCUAAGGACCUGUGACUGCAGUGACACGCGUGGAGCAGCGGCUUGGCGUGUGCAUAGCGUGUGUUAUCCUUGAGAUGCGACCACCGCUCUGUGCCUUCCACAGCAAAACUCAGACAUGGGCCGCGCACGGACACACAACCCCUGAGCACCCUAAGGCACACCCCGCCCCCCUCCCUAUCUCUUCCCCUCUAUUGUCUUCCAUCCCUCGCUCCCUCCAGCUCCCUCGCUAUCGGUAUGGUGUCCUUCGGUUCCUCCUGCUUGCCGCCCUGUGCCUUUGGCUCAUUGGACCCUCCCCUGCUCACGCUGCUCACUUCCGUGUCGGGGUGGUAGGGCCGUGGUCAUGUGACCCUCUCUUCUCCAAAGCGCUGCCGAGUGUGGCGGCCCAGCUGGCAGUCAACCGUAUCAACAGAGACCCGGUCCUCUCACUGGCAGCCACCUUUAAUUAUGUCAUUCUGGAAGAGAAGUGUGAGACUUCCAGGGCUCUGGAUGGGUUCAUGGGCUUCUAUACCAGGGCUUCAGGCUUCAUCGGGCCGGUCAACCCUGGGUACUGUGACGCUGCAUCGCUACUGGGCAAGGGCUGGAACAAGGCGGUGUUUUCGUGGGGAUGUGUUGGCUAUGAGCUGGAUGAUGUGCGGAGCCACCCGACCUUUUCCCAUUCUAUGCCCCGACCCACCUGGGUGCUGAUCAGCCUCAUGCAGCACUUCCGCUGGGCACAAGUUGGCAUCAUUGCCUCCUCAGAGGACAGCUGGGUGGAGACCUCCAUCAAGGUGGCCAACUCUCUGAGGAGUCAUGGGAUGCCGGUGAGGCUGGUGGUUACCAUCGGUAACGACCCUGGUAGUGUCAGGAAGACCCUGGCCAAGCUCAAGAAGGUGGAGGACCUACGAUUGGUGAUCAUGUGUAUGCACUCUGCCCUGAUCGGAGGGGGACCGCAGAAGCUCCUGCUAGAAACAGCAAAGGACAUGAGACUGACCGAGGGAUCCCUGGUGUUUCUACCCUACGACACGUUACUCUACAGCCUACCCUACCACAAUGUCACCUACCCUGCCCUGAGGAGCAACAGCAAGCUACUCAAGGCUUACGAUGCCGUGUUGACAGUCACUAUAGACUCUCCCAAGACAACUUUCUACCAGGCCUAUCAGGAGGCUAUAGACAGGGGAGAGAUAGCGGGAAAUGUCAAGCCAACACAGGUGUCUCCUCUGUUUGGGACCAUCUACAGCUCCGUGCUGUUCAUGGCCCAUGCUGUCCACAGGGUCAAGGCUUCAGGGGAGUGGCUCUCUGGGGGGAACCUGGCCCGACACACCCACAACCUGGCCUUCCAGGGCUACAGCCACCCUGUGAGCACUAACAUGUCUGGAGCCAGCUUGGCUGACUACGUAAUACUGGAUACAGACGGGAAGACCUGGGACCUCAGGCCCACACACAGGAUAGAGAUGGCUGCUAACAUGGUGAGGUUCCUGGGUAGAGAUAUCCACUUCCCACACGGUAUCUCCCCCAAGACUGACUCCAACUGUUGGUUCAUCAAAGGCAUCGUCUGCACUGGAGGUGUGGAUCCGUUCUCUGCUGUUAGGAUCUUCCUGGGAUUCGUCCAGAUGGGUUUCGUCUUGUUUAUUCUAACCUACUGCAUCAAGCGACGCAUCAACCACAUCCGGUUGUUCCGGGGUCCCAACAAGAUCCUGCUCACCCUUGACGAUGUCACCUUCAUCAACCCGUCGCUUAGCAACAAGAAGCUUAGUAUAGACAGUAACAGAAAGAUCAGUGGAGUCUCUCUGACGAGCCAUUCACAGCACAGCCUCACGUCCCCCUUCUCUGAGCAAUCCCCUGCUACCUACGAGAACUCCAACGUCGUCCUCUAUGAGGGAGACUGGGCGUGGCUGAAGAGACUACCUCAUGGAACGUUCAGGAAUAUCAACCCCAAAACCAGUGAUGUUUUUGAAUUGAUGAAGGACAUGCGUCAUGAGAACAUUAACCUUUUCCUGGGUUUCUUCCACGACUGUGGAGUGUUUGCCAUCGUAACCGAGUUCUGCACCAGGGGAAGCAUGGAAGACCUAUUGCUCAAUGAGGAUGUUAAACUGGAUUGGAUGUUCAAGUCAUCACUACUGUUGGACCUUAUUAAGGGUAUGAAGUACCUGCACCACAGGAACUUGUAUCACGGUCGUCUGAAGAGCAGGAACUGUGUGGUGGAUGGACGCUUCGUCCUGAAGAUCUCUGACUACGGAUACAACGAGGUUCUAGAGGCAGCAAAGUUCCCCUACACAGAACCUCCUGCAGAGGACCUGUUGUGGACUGCCCCUGAGAUUCUGCGUGGCCCCUCCCCCGGUCUCUACGGCAGUCUCCAUGGAGACGUGUACAGCUUCGCCAUCAUCAUGCAGGAAGUGGUCAUGAGAGGCCCGCCUUUCUACAUGCUGGAGCAGUCUGCUGCAGAGUUGAUCCAGAAAAUCCGUAAGCCCCCUCCUCUGUGUCGUCCGGUGGUCUCCCCUGACUACGCCCCUAUGGAGUGUAUCCAGCUGAUGAAACAGUGUUGGAACGAAGAGCCAGACAGACGGCCAUGCUUCGACCAGAUCUUUGACCUGUUUAAGAACAUCAACAAGGGCAGGAAGACCAACAUCAUAGACUCCAUGUUGAGGAUGCUGGAGCAGUACUCCUCUAACCUGGAGGAGCUGAUCAGAGAGAGGACUGAGGAGCUGGAGAUAGAGAAACAGAAGACUGAGAAACUACUCACUCAGAUGCUGCCACCGACGGUUGCGAAUGCCCUGAAGGUGGGUGGUACGGUGGAACCGGAGUACUUUGACAACGUGACGCUGUACUUCAGUGACAUCGUUGGCUUCACCACCAUCUCAGCCAAUAGCGAGCCCAUCGAAGUGGUUGACCUUCUGAACGACCUCUACACGCUGUUUGACGCAAUCAUUGGCAAUCACGAUGUCUAUAAGGUGGAGACGAUAGGCGAUGCCUACAUGGUGGCGUCAGGGUUACCGGUUGCCAACGGAGAUCGUCACGCGGCAGAGAUAUCCAACAUGGCGCUAGACAUCCUCAGUGCUGUGGGCACCUUCAAGAUGAGACACAUGCCUGACGUACCUGUACGGAUACGCAUAGGAUUACACUCAGGUCCGUGUGUGGCGGGGGUGGUGGGACUGACCAUGCCUAGAUACUGUCUGUUCGGAGACACUGUCACCACAGCCUCUCGUAUGGAGUCCACUGGGAUGCCCUACAGAAUCCAUGUCCAUAACAGCACAGUUAAAAUCCUGCUGGAACUCAAGGCAGGAUACAAGGUGCAACUGAGAGGCAAAACUGACCUGAAGGGAAAAGGAGGAACAGAGGAGACCUACUGGCUCAUAGGGAAGGACAACUUUGAGAAACCUCUCCCCGUCCCCCCUGAAUUCAAGAAAGGGCAAAAGGCUCAUGGCCUGCAGAUGGAGGAGAUAGCGAGGUACAAGAAGAAAAAAGCUGAGAAACUGCAACAGCUUACAAAGAAGAAUAACUGAAUUACAUAAGGUCUGUCCAGGAGAUCAAGGACUUCAAGCUGCUCCUCCAGAAGGCCGUGAAGAAGAUCUCCACUGUCAGAACGGUGGCUAUGGUUACUAUGGCGGACGACGACAACGUCAUGAUGCACCACCACUGACCAAUCAGACUUCCUGAUGCACCACCACUGACCUUUGACCCUAGCCAGAAAGAGGCAUCAUGGGAGCUACAGCAAAGGCAUAUUUUGACUCCAUUUUGAAUCAAGGGAACUUGGGGCUGACCAAUGAGGACCACCAAUUGACUAUUGUGUGGACAUCCAACUUUUUUGCUUUUAUGGCUCCCGGUCUUUCAGACUGAUUCUGUGUCCAUUAUGAGCCUUGGAUCCUUACUAUCGUCAAGAAAGAGGGAACAGCAGGGCGGAAGAUGAUCCAGUGACAAGUUUGCGUCUGCAGGUUAUUGGUGAAUAUUCAGAAAAGGGAGCUUACAAGUGUCUGGUCAUACAUUGCCCAAGCAACCGUGUGUGUGUGUGUGUGUGUGUGUGUGUGUGUGUGUGUGUGUGUGUGUGUGUGUGUGUGUGUGUGUGUGUGUGUGUGUGUGUGUGUGUGUGUGUGUGUGUGUGUGUGUGUGUGUGUGUGUGUGUGUGUGUGUGUGUGUGUGUGUGUGACGGGGGAGGGGAAGUGAAAGGAUGUGCUUGCUGUGUAGAGAUUACUGCAGCUUGUUUUAAAUAUGAAGCAUCUUGCCAGACAGUAGGACUAUUAUUAGAACUAUCAGUGUUACUCAGUAAACCACGGAUCGGAUCUGUCCAGUGACUCUCUACUCGCUUGGUGUCCCAUAAACGCUUUCCUCAAAGUCUCUUCCUGCUUUUCUUCUCCUCCCGAUUUCCUCCUUCUCAUCCUCCUCUCUUCGUGAUGAAACAGUCUCUCUUGGUCGUCAUGCUCCCUGCAUUCACACUCUGUCCGUCCGCUGACUUACUGAAACACAAGCUUUUCUUUUUGUUUGUUCUUGCAUGUUGUGUUAUGUUGAUGUUCUUUAAUUGUAAACCUCGGACUUUUCCAGAAAAACUCUCCCAGAAUUUUGAACGUGCAUAGGUCAAAUCAAAUUGUAUUUGUCACAUGCGCUGAAUACAACAGUUGUAGGUUUACUUACGAGCCAUUUCCCCAACAAUGCAGUGCAAAAAACAACAAUUUCAAAUAAUAUGAUGGGUCAGUGAUGGGUUGCUGCAGGUGUAAAAAUCCCCAUAUAAAAUGAUACGUUUCUGUAAAAAUCCCCAUAUAAAGUGAUACGUUUCUGUAAAAAUCCCCAUAUAAAGUGCUAGGUUUCUGUAAAAAUCCCCAUAUAAAGUGAUACGUUUCUGUAAAAAUCCCCAUAUAAAGUGAUACGUUUCUGUAAAAAUCCCCAUAUAAAGUGAUACGUUUCUGUAAAAAUCCCCAUAUAAAGUGAUAGGUUUCUGUAAAAAUCCCCAUAUAAAGUGAUAGGUUUCUGUAAAAAUCCCCAUAUAAAGUGAUACGUUUCUGUAAAAAUCCCCAUAUAAAGUGAUACGUUUCUGUAAAAAUCCCCAUAUAAAGUGAUACGUUUCUGUAAAAAUCCCCAUAUAAAGUGAUAGGUUUCUGUAAAAAUCCCCAUAUAAAGUGAUACGUUUCUGUAAAAAUCCCCAUAUAAAGUGAUACGUUUCUGUAAAAAUCCCCAUAUAAAGUGAUACGUUUCUGUAAAAAUCCCCAUAUAAAGUGAUAGGUUUCUGUAAAAAUCCCCAUAUAAAGUGAUAGGUUUCUGUAAAAAUCCCCAUAUAAAGUGAUACGUUUCUGUAAAAAUCCCCAUAUAAAGUGAUACGUUUCUGUAAAAAUCCCCAUAUAAAGUGAUACGUUUCUGUAAAAAUCCCCAUAUAAAGUGAUAGGUUUCUGUAAAAAUCCCCAUAUAAAGUGAUACGUUUCUGUAAAAAUCCCCAUAUAAAGUGAUACGUUUCUGUAAAAAUCCCCAUAUAAAGUGAUACGUUUCUGUAAAAAUCCCCAUAUAAAGUGAUAGGUUUCUGUAAAAAUCCCCAUAUAAAGUGAUAGGUUUCUGUAAAAAUCCCCAUAUAAAGUGAUACGUUUCUGUAAAAAUCCCCAUAUAAAGUGAUACGUUUCUGUAAAAAUCCCCAUAUAAAGUGAUACGUUUCUGUAAAAAUCCCCAUAUAAAGUGAUAGGUUUCUGUAAAAAUCCCCAUAUAAAGUGAUACGUUUCUGUAAAAAUCCCCAUAUAAAGUGAUACGUUUCUGUAAAAAUCCCCAUAUAAAGUGAUACGUUUCUGUAAAAAUCCCCAUAUAAAGUGAUACGUUUCUGUAAAAAUCCCCAUAUAAAGUGAUACGUUUCUGUAAAAAUCCCCAUAUAAAGUGAUAGGUUUCUGUAAAAAUCCCCAUAUAAAGUGAUAGGUUUCUGUAAAAAUCCCCAUAUAAAGUGAUACGUUUCUGUAAAAAUCCCCAUAUAAAGUGAUACGUUUCUGUAAAAAUCCCCAUAUAAAGUGAUAGGUUUCUGUAAAAAUCCCCAUAUAAAGUGAUAGGUUUCUGUAAAAAUCCCCAUAUAAAGUGAUACGUUUCUGUAAAAAUCCCCAUAUAAAGUGAUACGUUUCUGUAAAAAUCCCCAUAUAAAGUGAUACGUUUCUGUAAAAAUCCCCAUAUAAAGUGAUAGGUUUCUGUAAAAAUCCCCAUAUAAAGUGAUAGGUUUCUGUAACAUGUGUAUAACACAUCUGUGAAAGUAUAUACUUGGGGCCUAGAAGGGACUGUUGUGUAUAGUAUGUGCUCACUGAGACACUUUGUAUGUGAGAGACAAUUCAUCAAAAUAUCACCUGUAGGACUUCUCUGAUGUACAAACACUCUGAUGACGCACAAACAUUCCUGCAUGGAAUCAUACUUUCCAUCAUCAGUUUUCAACACGCCUGUAUUAUAACCAAGUCAAGACGAUAUAAUAUUUUGUUUGUUUACCAGUGUUUAUUGUAUUUGUGUAUAAUUGUGUACUGUAACUUGUUAGCAUGGCUUGCAAUACAAAAUUGUGAAAAUUGUCA